AUGCCAGCUCCGACACUGUACUACUUUCCCAUGAGCCCACCUGCCCGAGCAGUGCUGCUGUUGGCCAAAGAGCUGGGUAUUACCGUGAACUUGAAGGAAGUAAACCCUAUGGCCGGCGAAACGCGCACCGAAGAAUUCAUACGCAUGAACCCUCAACACACCAUUCCUACGCUGGACGAUAACGGCUUUUACUUGGGGGAAUCACGAGCCAUACUGACCUACCUGAUCGACGCAUACCGACCGGGUCAUACGCUGUACCCGAACAUUCCCAAGGAAAAGGCCCUGAUCAACCGCGUGUUGCAUCACGAUUUGGGAUCGUUCUAUCCGAAGUUUUUCGGCAUUCUGGGACCAUUUUUCACCGGUGCGGUAUCAGAGGUCUCGCAGGAGAUGAAGGAUAGUGCACAGAAAGCUCUGACCGACUUAGAGAACUAUCUCAUUCGGAACGACUUUUUUGCCGGAGAAAAUCUCACCGUCGCUGACUUGUCGCUGCUUCCUACGAUUUCCUCUGCCGUACACUGUGGACUAGAUUUGACGAAGUAUUCGCGGCUGAACGCCUGGUACGAGAGCUGUCGUCAGCUGAAGGGAUACGAGGACGAUCAGGAAGCUGCCCGACAGGUGGGCGAAUAUCUGCGCUCCAAGGUCCCGACUGCGCUGGAGGCAUUGAAUUAGUGAUCAAGUUAUUCCUUCAUGGCGUUCGCUAACGUCAUUCGGUUAACGUGGAGUCGCGUUCAAAGUGAGAUAAAGCACUGUCAGCC